ACAAUUGUAAUAAUCCAGUUAAUACGAGAACACCUGACGAGAAGCAAUCUUCCCACCGAUCAAUGUGCCGUCUGCUUGUACGGCUUCCGAGAGGGGGACGAAUUUACGAAGACGGAAUGCUAUCACUAUUUUCAUUCGCACUGCUUGGCGGCACACGUCGCCGCUGCCGAGAGAUACUACAGGGAAGAGCAGGAGAAGUUACCGCAGUGGCAGCAGGAUACUACAAACAAGUUCCAAGCUAUAUGCCCCGUUUGCCGAGAAUCUGUCAACUGCGACGUUGAGAGCUUGUGGUCGGCGCCGCCGCCGAUCGACGUCGAGGCUGCUACCGAUUUCUCUGUCACCGCCGAGUUGAGGGAAUUGCAGAAGCACAUGGCCGCUCUGUACCUGCGGCAGCAACAGCGGGGCGGUAUAAUUGAUUUGGAGGCCGAAGGCGUUAAAAUGUUGGUAAGAACGGAGGACGAUCCCGCUGCUGCUGCAGAGGAGGUUAGCCCACCUGGCACAAGUUUGAAUGCGUAUUCAAAUACCACUACUUUGCAAUCGGUUCAAGUGAACUCCAAGCAAUCGACGCAUCAGUCGCAGAACCACCAUCACCCACAGUACCAAUCGCGUAAUCAAAUGCAGCACAAUCACGGCCACAACAAUCAUAAUCACGGCCAUCGGCAUCGGGGUCGCGGUCGGGCCCAUUACCGGCGCCACUUUGACAAAGUCAGGCAGACGGAAUCUACUCCCAGAUGACAAUGGGCUCGUGAUAAGUUCGCCGCCCAAGUCUGGUCUGGUCUCCUCUUCGCUUUUUCGCUAAGUGUAUACAAUAUUCUAUUUAGCUAGUAGCAUAAUCGUCAGUGUAAUAUAUGAUGGCUGUUUGUUCUCCUCGAAUAGUCUCAUUGCGAUAAUAAACUUAUAGGUGUCGUUGUUCGACGAUAGCAUCCCCAUCGUCACAAUGGCGAUGAGAUGCGUCGCGACCUCCCGUCUGAACUGUCUACGUAGAUCGAAGCCAUGGUGCUCUUUCUUCGAACAAUUCGUAAUCGUACAAAGUAGUUGAUAUCGUUUCGUUUUAGUUCCUUUCCUUUCUUUUCUUUAUUCUUUAAUUAACGCGGAAUCUCGUGACGUUUAAUUCAUUGGUUCUCUUUGUCUUUUGCAAAAUAUAAAUUUAAUGAUAUAUUCCAAAUUCUGAAGAAAAUCGCAAAAAUAGCAAUCUUUUUCUCGACAUUAAAAAAAUCUUAUUUAAGAUGAAGAGGAAGAAAUCAUUACAUUUUAUUUACACAUACUAGU